AUGGAAUCUGAAGAGACUAUCCUGACGCAUGCUGGGUACCCAAAUCCUCACAGGACUGCGUUUAGCUCGGCAGAUGUCGGUGCAUGCCAGCUGCAGGCUAGCGGCUCGAAGGUUGCAGAGACCAAAUCCUUGGAGGAGGAAGAGGAGCUGCAGAAGAGUUUGACGUCCAGGGCUGCCAAGGCUGCAGAUGCCGCGGUUUCGGCUCGCAAGGAUGCCGCCGACACAGUUCUCAGCGAGCAGGUGCUCUGGCGUCAAGCUUUCAUUUCAGAGCGGCAAAAGGCGGAAGAUGAAUUGGCACAGGAGGAAAGGGACCCUGAGCAAGAUGAAGCACCAGAUGAUGGAGAGGCUCUGCAGCGACUGCUGGACAGCAUCGUUCCCUGUUAUGACACCUACACGGUGUCGAUAGCUCAGUCUGCAGACCGUCAACGCGUGGAUGGGAGUUCGGAGCGUUGGACGGCUGUCAAGGGUCAGCAGCUAACGCUGAAACCCUUUGAGGAGGACGAUUGUCUGUUGUUGGUGUCGAAUGCCCUCUUCACCCCGGAAUCUGACAGGGAGGGGUCUCACUGCCUUCUGAAGCGUGAUGGGCAAUCUAUCUCAUCGACCUUCUCCGGGUAUAGCCGGCAGCGGACCUGGAGCCACCACGUGUGCCUUCCCUGGCUUGACCAGCCGAUGAAGUGUGCGGAGUUUGAGUACCAGGUGAUGGCCAACGCUGGCAGGCAAGGCUGUCAUGUGGUCAUCGGGGACAAGAAAGAGCGAAGGCAAUUUUUUGGGCUUACCCUACCAGCAUGCCAGGUUGCCUGGGUUCAGGAUGACGAAGUCCUGGGCCUUCCACCCGGACCGUGGCGCGACGUGAAUGGCAUGCACGAGGUCAUCGCUACGCUGCCUGGAGAAAAGGUGCUCGUGCUGUGCACCAUGCACUAUGUGGCAAACUGGUCCAGUGAACUCAAUCGCGGUCGCUUUACGCUGGUCCGAGAUGACACGGGUCUGGAUGGCCUGGCAGACCGCGGGCUCCAAUCUGUGCGAUCCCUGGGGCCCAAUCAAGCCCGCACGCUGGUUAUGGCAACGGUCGACGAACCACCCGCAGGGCCUCACCUAUAUCGCGUGCGAGCAGCGCUGACCACUGGAGACGAGUCAGGUGUCUCAGCAACACUGCAGAACGAGCGGCAGUUGGCUCUGGUACGCCUACCCGGCCAUUUGGUAACUGGGCCGAUGCAGGCAACGCAUCCGAUCGAAGUAACGGAAGGAAGUUGGACCGAAAUUCCCGGGAUGUCGCUGACCUGCAGCCUCAGGAGACCAAGAGAUCGCAUACUGUUGGUGUAUCACGUCGAUUGCAGCCCCCUUAGCCAUUUCUACGAAGCCCACUUCACCAUCUUCAGGAGGAAGGAGGCUUCAUCCGCACCUGCACAGAACCUGGGCUUCUCGGAGGACUACGGUUUGGAUAUGGUCUUCUCAGACUACGGGGCUUCAAGCGAAUAUCCAGCUGCUCUACUGGUUGACACACCCGGGUCUCUUGGCGCCUGGACGUACUACGUGGCUGCGCGCGUUGCUAACUUGGGUACAAGCAGAGAGAAUCCUCCCGUUGUGGUGGGCUACUCCGGCUCCAUCUCUGCAGUGCUGCUGACAAGAUAG